AUGGAAGCUUGGCAUUCUACUAAGGAGAAGCAUUUCAGAUUUGAGGAUACCUUGAGAUCUUAUCCAGCUGCAAGAGGCAUAGUUCACAAAUCUUGGUUGAAAAAAGACUUUGGGGAUGAGGUGGAAAUUCUUCAUAGAAAGAUUAGAAGGACUUUGAAGGCCUUAUUCUUUUGGAAUAGGAAUAAAUGCAUUGAUCUGUGCAUGCUUAGAGAUGAGUUAAAGAAGGAUAUUCUUGAUUUGCAAACCAAAGAAAUGUCUGAUGGAAGUUUGUCGGUUGAUGAAUUGUGUCUUCUUAGGCACAAGGUUCAUGAAUUGAAUGUUACUUUGAAAAGGCUUGCAACUUGGAGGAACAAAAGGGCCAAGACAAGGUGGAUUGAGGAAGGAGAUGUGAAUUCAUCUUUCUUUCAUAAUUUUGCUUCUGCUAAGAGGAGUGCAAACUUGAUUAAGCAUAUUAGGAGUGAUGACAACCGGAUUGUGUAUGAGGAAGAGCAGAUUGAGCAUAUUUUUCUGCAUUUUUUUUUAAGAUAA